AUGGAUCGGGACUCGAUGCCGUCGGGCGAGUCAGUGGCAGGCACGCCCCGGCCAUCUCACGCCAACCUGCCGUCCGGCAGCAGCAGUGCCCAAGCACAGAAACGAGCGUACCGACAACGACGAAAGGAUCCCAGCUGCGACGCGUGCCGCGAGAGAAAGGUAAAGUGCGACGCCACGGACACAACCAGCUGCUCGGAGUGCUCGAGCCGGGGCAACAAGUGCCAGUUCACCAAGGAGACCAACCGCCGCAUGUCAUCGAUCAAGCAGGUACAGGAUCUCGAGAAGCAGAUGGAGCGAGUGCGGCGCGAGAACAACAGCCUCCGACGCAUGCUGCAAGAGCGUGAUGGCCGCCAGUUUGAGAUGGACGUGGACGGCGUCGAGCAGCUGCCGCUGCAGCUCCCGGACGUGGGCCAGCAGCCGAAGCGGAAGAAGCGGCCCGCGGCUGUCCACGACCUUGCGCGAGUCCGAUCGAAUCUGCGGGGCUUCUCGCGGGGCAUCUGGAAGCCGCCUGCCCCAUAUCGACAGUCGGCGGCACCCGAUCUCCGAGAGUUCCAGUCGCUGCUACCACCACGAGCCGUCACCGAGGGCCUCUUGCGAUCCUACUAUUCGUCCAUACACUCCAUGGCGCCCAUCCUGCACUGGAACACGUUCACGCAGACGGUUGACGGCCUUUACCGGGCAGUGAACCCCCUGCGGGUCUCCCCAGCGUUCAUGUCCGUCCUGUUUGCCGUGCUGGCUGUGGGGAGGCUGUUCACGCCCGAAACGGACCAGAACCGGACGUACUCGGCCACCCAGCUGCUCGAGACGACGCAGACGCUGCUGGACCCUUGGAGCAACGAAUUUGAGCUGGACAACGCGCGUGCGCUCCUGCUCAUCGCUACGGCCUUGAACGAGCUGAACCUCAAGUCGGCUGCGUGGAGCUGGCUGGGUCGAGCGGUCAAGGUAGCGCAGGACCUGGGGCUCUACACUGAACCUACCCUUUCGUCCUUUGUCGAGGCGGAGAUGCGGAGGCGGACGUGGUGGGUUAUCUACAUUCUCGACCGGACGCUGUCCCUCGAGCUCGGCAAGCCCAUGCUCAUCGACGAUUCCGACUGUGACGUCGCGUUGCCCGCGGCCUUGGACGACCACCACCUGACCGACCGCGGCCAGCGGUUUCCUGACGGUGCCGAAGGGCAUACGCACUCCCUGCUUGCUGUUGUAAACGUGGCCCGCUCGUACACCGCACUGAGCCGCGCCCUGUCCUCCCCCGUCAUCGCCCCGACCCGUCUCGCCACGUUCGACCAGCAUUUCGCGUCGUGCCGGCGAGCCUUCCCGGCGGCAUGCAACCCCACGAGCACUGGGAUUCUUAUGCCCGGCGUGCUCAACCCCGUGAUCUACCUCCUCCACGCUCGCCUGCUCCUGCACCGGCACAACCUUCUCCCCUCGUGCCCGCCCGAUGUCCGUCUGAUCGCCAUCGAACAGUGCAUGCACACGGCCGUCGAAACCGCCUCCCUGCUCGCCCGGACACAGGCCGCUUCCGUCGCCGAGACCGCCACGGCCCUGUUUGCGACCCACGUUUUCCGUUGCACCCUCUUCCUGCUCCUGACGGGGUACUUCGAUCAGGCCUCCGAGUGCAUUCGCGCCUUGGCUGCCAUCAACGACUACCGCGAUGUUGCCGUCCCCUGCGGCCGCUACCUAACCUUCUUCGUGUCCGCCCUCGCGUCUCGCCGCGAAGAGAUCGUGACCUACCUCUCGCAGGCCCCAGCACCGUCCCCGAGCCACCACCCAUCCUCGCCUUACGGACCGCCGCCACCACCACCAGUCGCUCAACGGCCUUCACCCGCUGCCGUGCACGACGCCCUGCUCCGCGACGAGGAGCUCAUCGCCUACGUCAGCGCUGACCUGCAAGCCGGCAUGGAAACGGCCUGGGUCUGGGCCGGGAGCAGCGAGCGCGAGGGCUCAGCGCCCUUGCCUGCUGUGGGGAAACACAGCUUGUUCAGUGCUGAGGCGAGAUCGGGGUUGACGAAUGAGGAGAGGUGGGAUUGGGGGCCCGGCGUGGCUGGUUGGGAGAGGCUGGAGAAUUCGAUGAGGAGGUUGGCUAGUGGGGAGAUGGGAUCGACAUCUGGGCCUGCGCCGACGUCAGCACCGAAACAGCAUCAACCACAACAUCAAGGGUGGACGCCUGUCGCCGCUGCACCGCCGCCACAGCAACAGCAGCAGCAGCAGCAGCAGCAGCAGCCACUACCGUCUUUGGCACCCCUUCACCACCAACAACAACACCCACCACAACAACAUAACCACCACCACUCACCACACGACAGAGGGCGAGAAGGAGGAGGGGUAGUCAAAAUGGAAAUCAACGGCAACAACAACGGGCAAGACGGGAGAAUCGUCGAAAUGGCACCGGCCCUGCCGCCCAUUGUACCCGGGGCUGGGGCAAUUAGGCCCGGGUUGCCGGGGUUGGUGGGGGUUGGGCCAGGCGGGAAGAGUAAAAGUCAGGAGCGGAUUAGUAUCGCGAAUAUUAUGUGA